CGUCUGCCUUCCGCUUCUCGGCUGGAUUGACACACAAUGAGGAGCCGAGGCUGGAGAGACGCUCCACAAACACCGCUGUAAAUAAAUACAACAAUCACUGAAACCAAGGCAACAUGGAGAAUCAGUGUACGGUGCAGGUGAAGCUGGAGCUGGGGCACAGAGCUCAGCUGAGGAAGAAGGUGACAUCAGAAGGUUUCACCCAUGACUGGAUGGUGUACGUCCGGGGCCCAGAGACAUGUGACAUCCAGCACUUUGUAGACAAAGUCGUCUUCCGCCUGCACGAGAGCUUCCCUAAACCCAAGAGAGUCUGCAAGGAGCCACCAUACAAAGUGGAGGAGUCAGGAUACGCAGGCUUCCUCAUGCCCAUCGAGGUUUACUUCAAGAACCGGGAGGAACCGAAAAAAGUGUUUUUUAACUACGACCUGUUCCUCAACCUGGAGGGUAAUCCGCCCGUCAACCACCUGCGCUGCGAAAAGCUCACGUUCAACAACCCCACCAAAGAUUUUAGGAGAAAGCUGAUCAAAGCUGGAGGGGUGAUGGUGGUUCCAGAUGUGGCUGAAGCUGUGUCGAGGCCAAGUCCAGACUACCCAAUGUUGCCCACCAUCCCCCUCUCUGCCUUCUCAGACCCCAAGAAGACCAAGGCCUCUCAUGUAUCAAAGGACCCGAGUAAAGACGGAAGUGGCAGCAGCAGCAAAGGAGCCAAACCUCACAAGCUGACCAAGGAGCACCGUGAGCGUCCUCGUAAAGACUCUGAGAGCAAAGCCACAUCCAAAGGGGACAAUGAGCGGGAUGGAAGUUGUAAGAGUGGGCGAGACCCUUCCUCCUCUUCAUCCUCUUCUUCGAAAAAGCCGUCAGAGAUCAAAGUCAAGGAGGAAGUGAAAGUUGUUCCCAAGGCUGCAUUCAAGGAACCUAAACUUACUCUGAAGGAAUCAAAGAUGGAAGGCAUGUCGCCCAAAGGAGGGGGGGCAGGGAGUGGUGGGGGCGGUGGAGGAGGUGGCGGAGGAGGUCCCGCAGAGUCUAAGGCCCCAGGAAAACGACCGUCCACUGUGGAGUCUCCUAAAUUAAGCACUAAAAAGCAAAAAAAAGCCAGCUCUGAGGGGAGCAAGGGUCCUACAGGUGGCACUUUCACAGGAACUUCUCCCCGCGUGUCCUCGUCUGCAUCCAGUCAGCCGUACUCUGAGAAAAAGUCCUCGAAGGACAAAGGACGGUGGGCCAAAGUCAAGGGUGACACACAGGAUAUAAAGGAACCCAAAAAACUUCCAGAGUCAGAAGAGUCAAAUUCAGAUGAUGAAGCAUCUUCGAAGUCUGAGCAAUCAGCUCCAUCAAGUCCAUCGAACUCCAGUUCCAGCUCAGACUCAAGUUCAGACUCGGACUUCGAGCCCGGGCAGAAGCCAGGACAAGGCCCGCUACGGUCAAUGGUGGAGGAGAUCCAGUCUGAAGAGUCAGACGAUGAUGACAGUAGCUCAGAAGAGGAAACCCCCAUCAAGACUAACCCUCCUAACAGGGACUCUCGACUCAGCCUAGACAGCGAGAGUGACAGCAGUGAUGGCUCGCACCGCCCGAGUCGAGACACCGCCCCGCCCCCACAGAAACACAGUUCCUCCAAUAACAAAGUUUUAGGCAGAAAGAGUCCUGAUUCCUCAUUUCGUUCUGAGAAGUUGAAGAAGGGAUACGACAAGGUAGGAAGGGCCUACACUGAAGAACUUGUGGACCUUCACCGCCGACUGAUGGCUUUAAGAGAGCGGAACGUCCUUCAGCAGAUUGUCAACCUGAUCGAGGAGACGGGCCACUUUAACGUGACCAACACCACCUUUGACUUUGACCUCUUUUCACUGGACGAGUCCACUGUUCGCAAACUACAGAGCUACCUGGAGGCGACGGCCACGUGACAAGAAGCGGAGCUGCGGUGGCACGUAGGCGGCAGUAGCAGCAGCGUAGGUCAACUCGCGACGCCUGGGAGGCGGCGAGCUGCUGCGUCUGUCGCUUUGAUUUCUCACGAGCCUUACUGAAACAUCAAACACACUCAAGCACACAUAAAGACACACACGGGGAGCAUCAGGAAACUGUAGAAGAGGAAUUGGAGGGGGACUAAGUUUGUGGAGGAAGGCAGCAGAAGAGCAACAAGAUUCCUCUAUACAUCUUUUUUUUUUUUUUUGUGGCGAGCUGUGGAAUGCACCCACUUCCCCUCCUUUGCCCUCCUGCACUCGUGCUGCUCCUCUUACAAACCCAAUGCCUCCUCCCUCCUCUCUUACUCAUUCACACACUCACACACACUCCUUACUCGGCAGAACACUCCAGUUCCCUUCCUGUACUGUCAGCUGGAGCUCAUUUCUCCCCUACAUUUUCCUUUUUUGUGUGUGUGCGAGGUGUAUAAUGCUGUAGUUUCUGAUUCCUCUCUGGAGCCUGAGCACGAGCUCAGGUUUUCAUUUGUCCUCCUUCAACGCGCACGCGUGUCACCCUCGCUCGUAACACUGUAAGAACGACACCGAGACGUGUGCAUGUCGAUGUGUUGGGAUUAAGUUUCCCUGUCGCCGUCACAUCUGAGUUUUCCCCCUUCACUUCCUCGCACUGAAAGUUGAGCCCUGACCUCUUAACAACGACCCCCCACCCCUAACGUAUUCUGCUCCCAAUCUUCCCACAGAGCCCCCGUCCUUACUCAGCUCCAUCCCUCCUCCCUAAUUCAUACCGCUGUGCAUGAAAGGGCUCGCGGCAGACGUGGUGGAGGAUUGCUCCUAAAUUGCCUUCUCAUGGUUUACACAAAAUAACCGUGAAAAAGUAGCCAUACUUGUCUCCCAGAAUCCAAAAAAGGAAAAGAAAAAAGGGGCCAUGCUUUUUUAUUUUUCUACGAGUGCAUUUGUGUAUUUAUUCCCAAAUUACAGUAAUGAUGAGCUAUGAAUGUAUAUCGCUUUUACUUUUCUGUGGUGAGCUACAGCCCCACUCUAGUGCCUUUCUGCAGCUUGCAGCGUGGGGGGGUGAGCCAUGGUCAUGCUGAUUGAAACCCCCGCCACCACCACGAACACCGGCUAGUGUUAAUUGAGUAUCCAGUAUUGUCUCAAAGGCUUCCAUUUCCUUGUGUUGACCUUUAUCAGCGUCUCAAUGUGUUCAGCUUGAGCUCUGGGUUCUAGGCGUCACGUUGGUCCAAAUAUUGUUUAAGGGGCAACUGUGGUGGCUUCUGGCUUGAACUGGGGCUGCACAAUGAGCUUUGUUCCAUUGACAGAAGCAUUCAUACUCAAUAUAACUGGUUCCAAAUGACCAUAAAUCAAGACCUCCAUUACUUCCACCUAUUUUAAACAGGAUUGUUUUGCACUGCAGUUCCAGAAUGAAACCCUCAGCCUCGUACAUCUGAUGAGAUUAUGGAAGGAUGUGUGGGGGAGAGCAGCUUGCAGCUUCAGAAAAUGCAGUCUGAUAAUUGUUGUGUAAUGAUGGUGGAAAAGCUGUGCUGGGGUUUGAUGUGGACCUUAGCAAUAAUAUGAAUUCAGUUAGACACACAGAAGGACAUACACAGUCAACAACUUUGGGAAAGAAGCAGAGAACUUGAAUCGUAAUUCAUAAGAAUUAACACACACAGAAACACAGAAUUAAUUAUAAUUGUGCUUUCCGUUGAUAAGGAAAUGCAUAGUUAGUUGUGGCACGUGUUGUAGAUCGGCACCAUCCUGUCUCAAUGUUGUUGACGGUGUGCAUCAACAAGACUUGUCAGGUCCAUUGUCAGGUGAUGUCAUGUUGGUGUUAUUCACCUUUCUCCUUUGAUCUGACUUUUUAAGGCACCUUUGUGACUCUUGCAGUGGUGUGGGGUGUCCAAGCACAACAAUUGCUUUCUUGCCGGAUGUUACCGUGACACACGCUCACUGUCUUUACACAUCAAUUGUGCAGCCCUAGUUUAAACCUGAGGUUUGAAAUACUCUUCCACUGCUCACAAGAAUCAUGAAGCUGAAGAAUAAGCUAUUGAAUCCUCCUCAAGUCAGUUUGUUUGGUCUCACAUAGUUGGUCCAGCUUUAGUAGCUCCCAUUGAAGCUCAUGUUCAACAAAUGAUGGUAGGAUUUCUAGGCUUCAUUGUCUGCGCUGAACUGUGGUGACUCUGUCUUAGAGCCCUCAAGUGUUUAGCAUUCACUGGAGAGUAAAAGCUGAUCGAUUUUUUUUUUUUUUUUUUUUGAUCAAACGAUUCCAUGAAAAUGAGUUGCUGUUUUCCUGGCAGCUUUUCUAUUCAAUGGUUGUACUGAAAUGGUUGGGCCAGGUUAUGGCCAUUUUUUUAGAUAAAAUAAUUCCCAAGGCAUUUAACAUACGUUAAGAUAAAGAUAAUGAUAUCGGUGUAAUAAGGCCUCACAUUUUUUAAACGUCUCUGUUGAAACUAAUUCAAGGGCAAAGCAGCUACUUGACAUGCAACAAAACAUUUGCUCGAAAAAAAUGACACAUUUGAGGUGAAUUAAAAGUCAUUUAAGAAAACUUUGAUCUAAUCCAGUCAUGAUGCACCUGUGUAUCUAAAACAGCUCUUCUUCUCCAGUUGAUGCCAAAUGAUGUUUAAUCACCGCAUGAUAAGAUUCCUUGUGUGCUCAUCUUGGACGUCAAUGGCCCAAAACAGAAGAAGAAAAAGUAACUCCUGAAAACAAAUGUAUCCCCCAAAUGAUUUCCUGAUGGAAUGUUGGCAUGUCAGUCACAGUUUCUCUGCUCCUCACUGCUGGCUAGUUUUUUAAUCCAAUCUUGUCAUCACAAGUCAAAACUGCACAUGUCAGUCAUAAGUUGUGAAGACCCGGUGAGACCCCUUUUUGUCUCCUCCAGCUUUAACCCAUGUUUGCCCGCUUAUUGAGACAAACCAUCUGGAAUGGACUCGUACCUGGACCUGAAUACCCGUCACCUUACGUGCCCUACAGUAACCCCACCCACUUCUAGCCCUUUUCCAUUCUCUCUCUGUGCCUCUCGUCACCAAAACUUCAGGCUGCGACAGAUGAGAAUGAACUCUGCGACGCCCUCCUCGUCCUGUCGUCUCUGGGAACACCUAGUUCAUGAACUUUGAACUCGUGACACUCAUCCAGCCCCCCCUGUAGUGGUGUUGGGGGAUUGCAGGGGGACCCGAGUGAAGCUCCACUGUCUCCACAGUUUUAUUUAUGGACCUCUGCACUUUUGGCUGUGACGACUUCAGUACUUGGUUACCUAAAACUGUCUUUUUUAGGAUUUUAUACAAUAUUUACAUGCAAUAUCCAUCUUUCUCUUCUAAUUUGAACAACUUUUCCUUGUAUUCCAGCCUGGUUUCACUUUUCCCAAAAACGUCUGGUGAUGCUCAAAGAUGAUGAACACUUUUGUUUUGAUCCCUUAAAGCUUGAAGAAAGUCAUCGUAGGUCACCAGAAAACAGGGUCAGUGGAGUCUUGACUACAUGAAACACCUGGGUACCACUUUAACCAGAAGUCUUUCCCAAUUGGUUUAUUAAUCACCUCAUUUUGUGAAAUAGGAGAUGUGGUUCCACAUUUGUCUCAUUUCUUUGAAUUCGUUUUGUUGAUUUCAAGCCCUGACAAACUAUUAAAGACAAAACUGUUCUCGCACAAAUGUGGCAUGCUAACAAAGGUGCUAUGUGAGCAAAGACCAGUUCAGUCUGCAACUGACAGGGAUGAGUUUUGGAGGUCUCUGGCUUCCUUCUGUCACCUGUAGAAUAAUGCAUCUUGCCGUCUAUGUUUUAAUUACUUUGCUAGCCUCAUUUUUACAAGCUCUCGCUCUGAUAAGUAGCUGUACAUCACAGUGCGCAGAAAUCACCUGCGUGUAAUUCCUCUGUUCAGUAAAAUGGGCGAUUACGGCCCAAAAUGGUCAUUGAAGCUUUUGGGUUGUUUUUUUUUCCAUUUUUUUUUAACAUGAGUUACUUGUCAUUCUUAAUGAAACAAAUGGUCAGCUUUUAACCACUAGUAUGCUUGAUAACGUUUGUGUCAUUGUUCACUUUUAGAUCUUUUGGACAGCCGUCUAUCUAAAAACAUGGGAUCACAGCUUUUAUUGAACAAAAAAAAAGGAAUUGAUAAGCCAGUCACGAAUUUCAAAUUCUGUUGAAGUGGUAUCAAGAUGUGUGUAAGGAGUAUCAACUAUGUGGAGCUUAUGCGACGGGGAGGGGGCAGGGCAUGAUCGGUCUUGUCAUGUGACAGAGGGACGAGGGUGCCUGUAUUUUAUAAGGGUUGACUUUUUUUACUCGGGCUCUACUUAUGUGUUUGUCGUCGAAUCUACGGAUGAACAAAUGAACUGGAUGAACAAAUGAAGUCAAUUUGAUGUUUGUUUUUUUUUUUUCCUUAAAAGACUUGGCACUACAACGCCACCAUGUGGCCAUAUGAUGCAAUUUGUUGGUAAGGACACAACAUGUUAUUUUAAUGUUAUUUUUAAUUUUGAGAUCAUAUUAUUAAUAAAGUCAUUAAGUACUGUU